GUCGUCUAUUGUCGAGACUUACAUCAAUUAUCGAUAUUUUUCUUUUUCACAGAUUGAUAGAAUUCGUUCAUAGUUAAUAAACAGCUUCGUUUGGGUGUCUCCAAAUCCAUUUUUUAACGAAAAAAAUUGUGAAUUUGUCUAAACUUUUAUAUCUUAGCUAAAUCAUUCGUCAACUAUUAAAACCAUUUAUUCGAUCAUAUUCGACUCUACCACUCCUUGAUAAUGGAUAAAACUUGUUAAGAGUGAAUGCACAGUGUUAUCAGCUCCGAUUAGGAAUAAUGAGUUGAAACAGAAGUGUUUGAUAUUAUUUGAACAUAUAAAAGAAGUAGAUACCGCGAACGGAAGUGUGACAGUGGCCGAUGCACCUGGAGAAGCCGGAGAAGGCUCGAUGUAAUAGACGGCGACGGUAGAGGUCAGUUUCUAGCUAAUGAAACAGUAGAGGCAGGAGAAAAAACUUUGGAAUAUGUUAGCAAAGGCUAGCUGCAGUUGUUGUGCAACCGUCGCGAGGUGUUAAUGUUACGGGGGAAAAUGGAGUGACACACGUGCUCUUCAGGUGAUAUCGUUGGAACUGAGAUGAAGGGGUUUUUGACUUGGCGCAUUGGAAUAUUGAGCUGUGGUGCAACAGUAGCAAUGGUUCUGAUAGUGUGGAAGCGAUUGAAGCAUAUCCCCAGUGAUAAAAUGAAUACGGUCAACAGAAAAGAUGAUGAAUGUAAAAAUAAAGUAUCUCUAGCUGCGGAGCAAGUGUGUGGGGAGGGAACACAGGAAAUCAAAGAAUUACCUCAGCCUAGCUGGGCCAAAGUGGGAGAGAUAAAGGAAUUGUACUUUUAUCCACUCAAGUCAGGUCGGGGGAGAGAGGUUCAUGAGUGUGAGUUCACUGAAUAUGGAAUUGCAUUGGAGGAUAAAGCAGGCUUGACUCUGAGAGACAGGAUGUUUUUAGUAUACAAUGAGGACACCGGAAAGUUUGUAACUGGCAGAAACUACCCGACGCUGAUCCUGGUGAGUCUCACCGCUGUAGACGACAGCCGAGUACGACUCCAAGCGACCGGAGUACCAAAUCUGACGUUUGCGUUACCGAAAUCUUCGAAUGACCCAUCGGCUGUCAACUGUAAAAUGUGGUGGGGGGAACCGGUGAAAUGUAUCGAUUGUGGACCGGCGCCUGCCCAAUGGAUAUCGAACUUCCUAACGGGAACUCAUUCAGGACUGAGGGUUGGUAUCGCGUUGGCGGGGAGGAGGAAUAUACUGAAAGGGCCGUGGGAGAGGUUCACCAAGGUUUAUGAGACACUCAGGAGUGAAGACACGGGUUUCUUCGCUGAUUUAGCAAGCUACAUGCUAAUGUCAAAGUCCUCCCUAGACGAAUUGAACCGAAAAUUGAACAAUCCCAUCUCACCUCUCCAAUUUCGUCCGAAUAUCGUGGUAGCUGGCGCUGAGCCAUUUGACGAGGACAACUGGGAGUGGAUAAAGAUCGGUGACAACGUAGUCAUCAGAAACGUGAAACCCUGUCCGAGAUGCUCGAUGAUCGGAAUCGACCCUCAGACUGGUGUGUUGAAUGAGCAAGAGCCAUUCAAGGUAUUAAAAUCAUUCCGGGAGCAGACGGAUGAGCGGAGAAUCAAAGUAGAUGGGAAGGCACCGGUAAUGGGAAUCUAUUGUGGCCUGUAUUCAACUGGAAAUGUGAAAAUCGGCGAUGAUGUCUUUGUUCACAUGCCUAAAACCCUUUGUGCAACUCCUGUCUAAUGUUUUAACGAAAAACUAUUGAAAAAAUCAAUCAAAAAAUCAUUCUUUUCAAUGAAAAAUUUUCAAUAGAAAUUAUUUUAGAGGAAAAAUUAGAGGAAUUUUACUUUUCUACAUCA